UUUCCCCAACUUCACGUACAACGGGAAAUGACCAACUUUUAUAAGGAAAUAUUAUGGAGCGAAACUGAAUAUUGUGUGGCUUUACAAACAAAUCACAAACCAGAUCUGGCAGUAUUAACUCACCACAGUGACGGUUAUGGUUCUGUUUUAUGUUGUGGCCGGAGGAAUAUAUGUGUGUGCUGUUGCCUCCAUGACAACUGAAUACCCACACACCGUCACACGUGCUGGCUACGAUGUUGACAUGACCAUGAACCCAGCUGAUGUCGGCCACCUAUAUUACGUAUGGAAGAAUGGUUCAGUAGCUGGCAGACUGUUAGUGGUCGUGCCUAAGUCACACAGUGUAGAGGUACUGAACAACAGUAACACCGGCUACACGACCAGGAUCAGAUACACAGGGGAGGACUCACUAUCACAGACUGGACAGCUGAGGUUUACCAUCUACAAUAUUACUGUACAGGACGCUGGUACUUACUACUGUCAAGGAAACAAUGGACAGAUAAUACCUGGAUGUAGGCAGAUCCUCGUUGUGUCACAGCAGCCGACCACACCUAACAUCACAGGACCUCCCUAUGCUGUAUCAGGUGAGAAUGUCACCCUGACAUGCUCCUCCUCCUCCCAUAGUCUGCCCCUGGACCACCCCCCACUGAACAUGACCUACACCUGGAGGAGGAACAGGACCCUGCUGGAAUCUGGUGACGGGUCUCACACGGGCGGAGAUGACCUGACAAUAACCCACAUCAGCAGAAAGAACCAGGGAUACAUCUACACCUGGAGGAGGAACAGGACCCUGCUGGAAUCUGGUGACGGGUCUCACACAGGCGGAGAUGUCCUGACAAUAACCUACAUCAGCAGAGGGGACCAGGGAGACAUCUACACCUGCCAGGCUGUGGAGGAGGGGCUGGAGUCUGACUGGAGUCACGGACAUGUACUGGAGGUUCAGUUUGGACCUGACCAGAUACAGUUUAACGGUGCAAGUGACAGGCUAAAGGCAGUAGAAGGUGACCCUCUCACAGUGAGAUGUUCUGCUGACUGUAACCCCGCCUGCACUGUGACCUGGUGGGACACAUCCAGACAGAGGGAGAUCAUGGGACAUAGGGAGGCUGUGUUGUAUAUACCAGCUGUAGACAGAUCUGUGUCUGGACAGUACAUCUGCCACGUCAACAACAGAUAUGGGAAUACAUCACGGAACCUGACGCUGGACGUGUUCUCACGUGAGGUUACUGAAGGUGGCGUCGCUUCCUUCGUCUACGUGGCUGCUGUUUGUUCUGUGCUGAUCGUCGUCAUCGCCGUGGUCGUCAUAUUUGCUGUUCGUAGAAAACAGACAGGUGAAGAGAGAGGACCCAUUCAUAACCAUGGGGUCACAUAUACCCGGGACGCUGAAACAGACGGGAGCUACCAGGAAAUAGAAGAGAGAGGAUACAUUAAUUAUCGCGUGGUCUCAUAUGUCCGGGAUGAGGAAAAUGAAGGUAGCUACCAGGAGAUAGAAGAAGAUGAUGUGAACGUAGACGACAUCGUCCCUAUUGUAGCCGUCUACUCUGUUAUACUCACCGCUGUGACAGUUGUUGUUGCAGCAGUUGCUAUUCUUGGCUGCAAGGACGUGAAAGAGGGACACAGCUUAAGAUGUGGUGAAUAUCUCACUGUGGUGGGGGAGAGACUAUCCCGUGACAUCAGUGAUGCACCGUACGCUUCCAUCAAUGACGAGGAUGCCUUAUCCUUGCAUGAUUAUGAACGACUACUAAGGGAACAGUUUCACAUCUACACGUGUCUCAACUCAUCAGCUUCCUCUACAGAGGACCACAGUAACAGGUGCAGCCUCGUAUGAGGGAACAGUUCCACAUCUACACGUCUCUCCACUCUUCAGCUUCCUCUACAGAGGGCCACAGUACCAUGUGCAGCCAUAUACAACCCUAUGUGCGAUACAGGGAAACUUGCGAGAUCCUGGCGUUUGAUAUUAACAUUUAUGGAAUAUGGUUGAUUGUGUCGUGUGAUAUAUCACGUCAGCACACUUGCUUGUCCAUUGCAGAACUUGCGAAUGGCCGAAUUUGUGCAAUGCAGUGAUGAAGACUUAUAAUAAAGAAGAAAAUGUAGGUACUGUGCGUUGUCAUCGCUGAUCGAGGCGGUAGCUUGUAACCUUGAAGCUUCUAUCUUAUAUUUCCUAUACA